AUGAAACAAAAGAGCGAAAAGAAACUCAUUGCUGAUUUCGACGCUGUUUCAUUAUAUCCAUCAGCUAUAGCAAGACUUUAUACUUUAGAAGGUAUUCCAAAGGUUAUGAAGAAAGAAAUGUUAAGCACAGAGUAUCUCAUGAGACAUUUAUUCGAUGACGACCAAAAGGAACCCAUUGGUGAAAAGUUUAUGUCUGGCUUCUUUGUUCUCAUUAAGAUAACAGAGAUUGGAAUACAUAGACACUUUCCUUUAAUAGUUUGUGACCCUGAACUAAAUCCAGAACUUAACGUUCCCAGAAGUUCAAACACUUGCUGUUUAAUGUAUGUUGACCAUAUAACAUUACAAGACCUCAUAAAAUAUCAAGGUGUCAAAUGUGAAGUGUUGCAAGGAUACUAUUACGAUGGAAACAGAGAUAUUAGAAUAAGAGAUGAAGUAAAGAAGUUGUUUGAGUUAAGGUUAAAGUAUAAGAAAGAAGGAAAUCCUUUGCAAGAAAAUAUAAAGCUCAUUCUGAACAGUAUUUAUGGCAAAACUAUUCUAUCUCCUAUUGAGUCAAAAAUAACCAUAGUAAAUGACAAAGAUGCUAUAAGAUAUGCCAUCAGAAACUACAACCAUAUAGUGAAGUUCGAAGGUUUGGAUGGUUCAGAUAAAACUAUUUUCAAGCUAACGAAAAGCAUUUGCAGACACUUUAACUUCUGUCCACUUGGUGUUAACAUUCUGUCUAUGUCGAAGAGAAUAAUGUGUGAAGUAUUCUGUACUGCUGAGGACUUAGGAAUGGACAUCUUUUAUAGCGAUACGGACAGUAUGCAUCUCUACAAUGAAGAUAUCCCUCGUUUAGCUGAAGAGUUUGAGAAACGUUAUGGAAGAGUUCUCAUUGGUAA